UCCGAGGCUGGUUUACGAUUGGGUCUUUCUGUCCACUCCUCGCUAAUUUAAACAGCAUGUUAGAGUGCGGUCUGGUCGUUUCCCUCCCCCCUCCCCUCCUUCCUUAACCUGCAAGAAGUCCACAAGCUAACGCACAGUGAGGGCCUCAAUGGGAAAUAACGACACUACUACUAUUAAUAAUACUAGUAACAAAAUCAACACGGGCCAUGAUUUGAAGAAGACUGUCAUUUUCAGCGGCGGAAACCAUAUCUGAAUAAUCGCGCAGCGGAGCACGUGUCGGCAGUCCCCGUAGCAGGAAGAAAUAGCAGAGGGACAGUUCUGAGUUCAGGCGGCCGGUCAGUCACUGCCACACUGAGUGACAGCAGGAGGAAGUCGCUCAGACAGGUAGACAGAGCGGAGCAGCAGCCUCGUGGACACCGGCGCGCCGCCUCCCCCCCCGCCCCCACUGCCACUGCCACGCUCAGACGCGCGGGGAAACGGUGACUGACUGCGAGGACUGGAACCACACGCAACCAGCAUCUUUUUCCUCCGCCUGCGGCGCCACUCGGUCGGUGACUGUCUCCGAGCCGGUGCAUCUCCUCCUGCGGGGUCGGCGCUCGCUGCCUCCCGACCCGAGCGCGCGGUUGUAUGCGUGCGCGUGUCCGAGCGGUGCAGGCAGGGCCAUGCGGGGUCUAACGCUGCGGCGGGUCGCCCGGCUGCUGCUGGCCGUCCUGUCGCUGCUGGCUGAGCGGUGCCGGGCGGACGGCGGCGGCCCGAGUCUGGCCGAGCGGGUCAUCUGGGCGGUGAACGCCGGCGGGGACGCGCACACGGACGUGCACGGCAUCCACUACAAGAAGGACCCGCUGGAAGGGAAAGUGGGGAAAGCUUCUGACUACGGGAUGCGACUGCCCAUUCUGCGCUCCAGUCCUGAGGACCAGAUCCUGUAUCAGACGGAGCGCUACAACGAGGACACCUUCGGCUACGAGAUCCCGAUCCGUGAGGAGGGCGACUACAUCCUGGUCAUGAAGUACGCGGAGGUUUACUUUGCCCAGUCGCAGCAGAAGGUGUUCGACGUGAGGCUUAACGGCCACAUGGUGGUAAAGGACCUGGACAUCUUCGACCGGGUGGGUCACAGCACGGCCCAUGAUGAGAUCGUACCCUUCUCCAUCCAGCGGGGCAAGCUGAGCGUGCGUGAGGAGGUGUCCACCUUCAACGGAAAACUCACCGUGGAGUUUGUCAAGGGUUACUAUGACAACCCAAAGAUCUGCGCACUCUACGUGAUGAAGGGGUUGCUGGAAGACGUUCCCAAGCUCCUGCCGCACCCCGGGCUCGAGAAGCGCGAUGAGGACGAGGAGGAUGAAGAUGAAGAGGGUGAGGGUGGGGAUGACUCCGGUAAGAAGAGCACCUCGACAUCCCCCAAGGACCGGGUGCGCUCGGGACCCCGGACCCCCAACCCGUAUGCGGCCGACAACAGCAGCCUGAUGUUCCCCAUCUUGGUGGCAUUCGGGGUCUUCAUCCCAACCCUCUUCUGCCUUUGUCGGCUCUGAGAGAGAGAGAGAGAGAGAGCAAGAGAUAGAAAGGGAGAGGGUGCUGGGGGAGGACUAGGGGGCACAGCAGACGAUGCCGAGAUGGGGGAGGAAAGCUUGGGGGGGACAAGAGAUGGCAAAUCGGCAGAUGUUCAGAUCCAGGGAACCAAGAGGAGUGAGUGGGUUGAGGAAGGAGGCGGAGACAAACAUCGGGGGCAGCGAGGCAGACCACCUGCGGACAGAGGGCAAAGAGCCCUGAAAAGAGCGAACGACUCUGAUGAUGAUGCUGACCUAAGAUUGUUUUCAUUGACCAUAGAGACCUGGGGGGAACUUUUUGAGUGUGUGAUUAAGAGCAACAGAGCCAAGUGUGUGUGUGUGUGUGUGUGUGUUUGUGUUUGUGUCGCCCAGGAUCCACCUGUCAAACAAGACAAGAGCCACACAGGUAGGACAGGUACAUCUUUUCUCAAACCUGAUUGUCCGGUCCUUCUGGUAAGAGUCACUGUGGGACAGGGUGAGGCUGUGUGUUGGGGGUGACCAGGAUGGAAGGAGGGGUGUGUCCACAACGUGAAGUCCAAUCACUUCAAUUUUUUAUUUAAAAAAAAAAAAAAAAA